AGUGAAAACGCGAGUCUCACUGAGAACCUCCACUAAGUACAACUACUUAUCAAACGCAUCAAAACGAGAUUGACCGUUUGUGUCCCCUACAGCUUCAUCGAAAACUAUAUCCACUUCUUCAGUAGCGUCUGUAAAACUGACCUGCAGGAGCAUCAACAUGACUGUUUGUUCGAAGUGUGUUUUUCUGCCCAUGUUGGAGGGGGAAAAAACCGUCGUAUCGGAAACGCCCUACGGCAAGGGGAUGCUUCCGCCGGCGGUCCAAGACACCCUGUUGGAGACGGACAGCGAGCCCGAAGCGGAGGAGGCUACCUUUCCCUCCGAGGAGAAUCCGUCCCGCGUUUCCGCCGCUGCGCGCUACGCCGAUGCCGCCGAAUUCGCAGCCUGGCGGGCCCGUCGGUGCACGCUGAAAUCUACCACGGAAGCCGUGUCGCUGACCGGUAUGCAAGUAGCAGGACUGCUGUGCUCUUUCGUCCUCUUCAUGGGCGUUUUCGUGUUUUUUGACGUGCUCAGCGCGUUUUUACCCUUUCUCUUCGACGGCGGACAGGAUGGCGAGAAUGAGUGGUACACAGCUGACACACCACGCGAGUCGUUCGGCGGUGCGACAGUUUUUUCCGUUUUUGACGACGAAGAUGAAGGUUUUGAUGACAAUUUGUUCGAUUGGUACGUGGAGGACGACGCACACCUGGCUGCAGCGAUCCUCGAGCGCCAGCAAUCUGCUUCGACCUGGAUCCACGUGGGGCACGGCCGAUGGGUCAAGGCAGAGAAGUAGUGCCAGCGUCUCGACGCGCGUCCGGGUACGGAAGGAAUGAAAGUGCUCAGCUUCAGUUUCCAGAAAGAAUUUUCCAGGUGGUACUUGGACUAAAUCUGAGACGCCUGACGUUCCGCAUUCUUGUCGUAUUUGCUUCGCACAGAAAUCUUGACUUCUCGCACUUUGUACAAUAUUACGCCGUCCGUGCCUACCCUGAUUCCCAGUACUCACAGUUUUUUUGCACGAAUAAUUCUCCAGUUGUCAUUUCAUUUUCUCUCGACAUUUAAAAUGUUACCCGGGGUAAGUUUGCACAACUAGUAGGAUAAAUCAAAAAUACACUUGGCUAUUCCGACGGAGUACAAUAAAACACAAUCAUAUUUUAUUCUCCUGCAUGGAAAACAAAAACAAAAAAGGAAAGCGGAGUUGCAGCGCACGCUCACAUGCCCGGUAUUCUGUGGGUCAGUGUCGUCGUUCUCAAUUUUC